AUGCUUGAAAACAACUGUAGGGCGAUCAAUUUACUUAUCAAAUCGCAGGCACAAACCCCACAACAGCGCAAACGCAACGAAAAGUUUAGCAAACUUCAGAAUGCCAAACGAGGGAAAGCAAACAUAGAGGUCAAGCCAAAGCAAGAAUUCAAGAGCCCACUCAGUCCUCUAUGGGCAGGUUUGUUAUCCUUUGUGGUGUUUGGUGGCUUGUUGUUUGAAUUAAUCAACCGUAUAUUUAUCCAUUAA